AUGACGGACCCAGAGCUUCGAGCCCACCUGUCGAUUCAACCGUUCUCCCUGCGCGUUAUGCAGCAGAGACGUGGACACUGUGGCUACGAAGGCACAAUUCGCAGAGCGCUGGAACGAUGUCUUUUCAAGUACAACCGACGAAUUCAACUUCUCAUCGAUGUUCGUAGUUCAGAUAUGAGAUCACUGUCUCGUGAUUACGUCUCUAAAGCGAACCAUUGA